CUGCACUUCGUUUCUGAGCUCCGUGGCUGCUGCAAAAAGUAUGAGACCCAAGCCAACGGCGACCUGGCAUAGCAAUGCUGUCGCCUUGACAUCAGCUGUCCGCGCUUGUCGGUUCCCCAGCACAAGACUACUGCAUUCUCAGCCAUGUAGAGGCGGAUCAAUUCUUAGCAGAUCAUUUGGCAGCUUGGUAACAAGAAACUCAUCUGUAUCUGGUACGGCUUCUAAUAUAUGCAAUUGCUACACAACCUGCUCGUUGUUCGCUACCAUUGGUGACCACCCUAUUCAUGAGGACAGUAAAUCUUUUUGUGGAUAGGACCUGGCUCACAAGGUUCGCAUGUGUAGUAUCUAGAGCUGGACUAACUCACUAUCAGAGCCAUUGCACACCAGUAGUCUCAGCAGAGGCACAUUGAG